GUCUUGUUUGAUUACUUUGAAUAUACAAAUAAGAGAUAAUGUCCUCAACAGACAAGUCUCAUCAGUUCACCCAUUCUAACUCCGAGAGAAGAGCGUCGACCGUGUACGGCUCGGUGGGUAAGCAGGGCUUAUUUCUUCCUUCAGACUUUAUUCGUUCUCCUAAAAAUUCAGCAAUUGAUGCUGACGAUAACGAACCUUUGGCAUACGCUGGUUCCAAUGCCUCUGCUUUUGCUGCUACUGAAACCGCUCCUUUGUUGGGAAGCUCUGCUGGAACUUCUAAUUUGAAAGUUCGUCGUAAAUCCAGCAUCUCGAGAGAAUUAAUAGAACAAGAAAGGGAACUUUUAAAAGAUAAUAAGAUUCCUAUUGCACAUGAUGAUGAUGAUGAUGAGGUAGCUGAAACUUUUGAAAAUGCUGUUUCAUCUCAUAAGAUAAGUUCUACUACUGCAUCUAUUGAAUUAAAAUCAUUGGUUAAAUCAUCAAUUCCAUUAGUUUUAACUUUUCUUUUACAAAAUUCCCUUUCAACAGUUUCUGUUUUCACAGUGGGUCAUUUAGGAGCAGUUGAAUUAGCAGCUGUUUCUAUGGGUGCCAUGACUGCAAAUAUAACUGGUUAUGCUACAAUUCAAGGUAUCGCUACUGCUUUAGAUACUUUAUGUCCACAAGCAUUUGGUGCUAAGAAUUAUAGAUUGGUUGGGGUUUACUUACAAAAAUGUACUGCCUUAAUCUUUGUUAUUAUGUUACCAAUAUUAAUCACUUGGUUGUUUUUCGGAUAUAGAUUAAUCACUCUUAUUCUUCCAGAUAAAGAAACUGCAAAAUAUGCUGCUGUUUAUCUUCAGUAUAUUACCCCAGGUAUUCCUGCUUAUAUACUUUUUGAAUGUGGUAAAAGAUUCUUGCAAGCUCAAGGUAUUUAUCACAUUUCAACCUACGUUUUAUUAUUCGCUGCUCCUUCUAACCUCUUGAUGAAUAUUUUCUUCGUUAACCAGUUAGGGUACUUAGGUGCCCCAAUGGCAGUUGCUAUAAAUUACUGGCUCAUGGCAAUAGGAUUAUACAUUUGUACCGUUUAUUUUGUCAAAGCGGAGGAUACUCCUUCUCAAUUACAUCCUUUGAUUUGCUGGGGUGGUAUAGACAUCAAAGGUGCAUUCAAAGCUUGGGAUAAAUUGAUAUAUCUUGCAAUUCCCGGUCUUAUCAUGUUGGAAGCUGAAUUUUUGGCUUUUGAAAUUUUAACUUUAAUGGCUUCCUAUUUGGGUACUAUCGAACUCGCUGCUCAAUCAAUUGGUUCUACAAUGGCAUCAUUGACAUACCAAGUUCCUUUUGCUAUUGGAAUUGCUUCUUCAACCAGAAUCGCUAACUUUUUAGGUGCCGGUUUAGGUGAAGCUGCUAAAAAAUCAACUCAAGUUGCAUUAAGUUUUGGUUUACUCAUUUCAGUCUUAAACUUUUCAGCUUUGUACUUCUUCCAAACUCCAAUUGCUAAACUUUUCACUAACGAUGAAGUUGUUAUCUCAACAGUUAAAAAGAUCAUGUGGUUAAUUGCUCUUAUGCAAAUUUCCGAUGCAAUGAAUGCUAAUUCUGCCGGCUGUUUAAGAGGACAAGGUCAGACAAAGAUUGGAGGUAUUGUCAAUUUAUUUUCAUAUUAUGUAGUAGGAAUUCCUUUAUCCAUAUAUCUUUCGUUCUACUCUAAAUGGAAGGGAUCUUUACAUGGUCUUUGGAUUGGUUCCACAGUUGCUUUAACAAUCAUUGGGGUUGUUCAAAGUUAUUAUGCCUUAUUUGCCAAUUUUGACAAGUUAUGUGAUGAAGCUCACAAGAGAACUUCUAGUCCUGCUGGCCAUGUCUGAGCAAAUUAUUGAACUAUUAAAUAGAAAAAAAAAAUACGCAUCUAUAUUUGUCAGAGACUUCACAUUAGAUAAUGA